CGCGCCCCGCCACGCCCCUUUUCUCCGGCCCCGCCCCAGCUCUACUCCCCAGAGCUCCGUCCCGGGGGCGCUAGACUGCUGCCCUCGGGUUGUCUUUCGUCGAGAGACGUGAAGGGCAAUAAGAGGGAAAGGGCGGCCUUACGGAGGCGGGCAUGGAGAAAGAAUCGGCCCGGGGGUUAGACUGGGAUAGUGACGAGACGGUGGUGGAGGGCUCUGUGAGCGAGAGCGAGCGGGAGGAUGACGAGCUGCCCCUGAAAAGGUUAUUUUUUUCUCAAGAUACAUCUUUUAAAUCUCAUUCCAGUUUUCACUCUGAUCGCAGAGGAGUGUAUGGAGAAGCAUCCUCUCCAGAAAUUCAUCUUGUGUACAAACUUAAAGAGUAUCUACAAGAGCAGAUGAAUAAGCACAUGAUAAACCCACUCUCUGAAGGGGGAAGUGAAACUGAAUUGUCUCAACCUCUAACACAGGAUGAAAUGGAUUACCCACUGUUCAUUAAAGAAGGCCCCCAAGAUGAUCAGGUGCAGGAUUCUGAAUGGAAGAAUGAACACAAUUACUCUGCAGGAUUUGAUGUGGAAGAUCUUGGAUUUCUACAAAGGCCAGAAAAGGAAUUAAGUGUUGGAGUUGAUUCUCCUGAAACUAGCCUACUCUCAGGUGCUAUUACUACAAGUUAUAAUGCAGUAGAAGUAAAGAAAAAAUCAUCAGAGAAGCUGGAGGGAUCCAGCUUGUUACCACAGUUUCUAAAGGAAGUUUCUUUGCCUUCAAGAGAAAUCAGGGAAGAUUGUUCCUGUGAAAUAUUGGUACCCACCAUAGAAGACACUUUAGGAUUUUCAGAAAGUAUUCUGGGUGAAUACCCGUUUAUAGUGAAUGAAUUUGAAACUAAAGAGCUAUUAAAACCAUUGAGUGAUUUGGGUAGUCCCAAAUCAAUGUCACCUUUAGAUCAUUUGCUGAUUUGUCAGGAAGAUGGUCUGACAGAAGACAUGCAAGAAAAUGACAAAAACGAUGCAUUACCAGCUGAGCUGCUGACAGCUCUGAACACAUUGUCAGAAUCUAUGGUUGAAUCCAUCUGUCAAAGAGUGGAAAGAGACAGUAGGCCCUGUGCUGAGGAUGAAUGCUUAGAAACAGAACCCAGCUUUUCUCAGACAGAUGAUGAUUGUACACAAAUAGCAGGAAUGAAUUUUGAAUUUCAACAUUCUGUUCAGCCUUUUGGACAAGGUCCCAAAUUAACUGAGCCUCUGUUUAAGGAUAUAACAAUGCAGCAAGAUAAAGAAUAUACAAGUUCGUUUGGACAGGAAACCUUAGCACAUCAAAAUGUUGCCUGCUUUGAUGCACUUAGUAAAGAGGGGAAUUUAAAUACCAUGGAAAAUAAUACAGAAACUUCAUACAUGUUAAGGAGAUCAGCCAGACUGAAAACAGUAAGAGCAGGAACUACCUCUAAGAAUAUAGAUGAAGCAUAUAAAGUACCAGAAGAGAUUCUGCAGAAAACAGAUAGUACACUUCCAAUUGAAUAUUUCAGAAUACAAGAUUCUGCUUUUCAGAAUACCAGUGAUGAGAAGUCUGUGGAAUGGAGCAAAAACCAGUUUUUAUCUGCUUAUAACUGUGAUGAGGAAGAGAUAAUAAAGAGCAGAAGAACAACAAAAAACAGAAAAAGUCACAGGAACAUUUCAAAACUUUCAAGUAUUAAUCGAAGAGACAUCUAUGGAGAAUCACCUCUACAUAAAGCUGCUCAGGGAGAUGAUUCUGCUCUUGUCAAGAAAUAUAUAAAACUAGGUGGAAAUAUAAACUUGCCAGAUUAUGCUGGCUGGACCGCGCUUCAUGAGGCAAGUGUGAAUGGAUUUUAUAAGACAGUCCUUGAACUGUUAAAAGGCGGAGCCGAUGUAAAUUGCAAAGGGAUGAAACAAAUCACCCCAAUAUAUGAUGCUGUGUUAAAUGGGCAUUAUAAGGUGGCAGAAUUACUUCUUCAAAAUGGAGCCGAUCCAUUAUUUAGAAAUGACUAUGGAAAAUGUGCUUUGGAUGAAGCUAGUGACAAUACCCAUAUGAAACAACUACUGGAACGCUAUGUACACAAAUCUGAAACAUGUCCUAUUUCAGAGCAAAGAGAUAGAAGUGAACUGUUACACUGUGAAGAUACAUACCAGUGCAAGAAACCAGAAUGCAGUCCCAGAAGCACUCAGGAUUUUAAUAAUGAGAACUCCAGAGGAACAAAAGAGAGGAAGACAGAGGUUUCUAAAAAAACCAAAGGGAAUUUAUUGAAGAAUAAAGCAGUUGUGAAUGAAAAUGAUCAGAAAAUUUCAAAGAAUAAAAAGUUAACUCCAACUAGGAAUAAGCAACCUACUGUUGAUCAAAUAAAUGAUAAAGAACCCCCAAAGAUACAUAUGCAGGAUGUCUGUGAGCCUAAGAACUUUAUGCCUAUAGGAAAGGAGAAAAGUAAGUCAAUUCCUAAAAAAACUGAGAUGAGUGAUAGAAAGAACAAUACAAGGACACAAGUAACACCCUCUUCAAAAAGAAUAACUAGAUCUACUGCUCGACAGCAAGAUCCUGUAAUUUUUUCUGACCUUUCAGAAAAGUCUGAUAUGCUGACUAACUCAGUAACUCCAAUGGUGAAAAAUCCUCUGUGUCAUAAUAGUGAAGUUUUUUCAGUUUCCAAAGGGACAGGUGCUUGUGAAAAUGACACAACUUCACUUACCCUAAUGAGUCAAGAAUUACUUGGCCAGAGCACAGGUUCAGUGGAUUAUCAGAAGGAACCUGAUAUCUUAGAAUCAGAAACUUGUGAGCCAGCAGAAGCCAUCCCUCUUUCGGGAUUCCACUCUUGUGAAGAAGACAAGUUACCAUUGGCCACUGAAGGAAAUGAUCACACUACUUAUGAGAAACCUGUUCCUUGUAAGGCUGGUGACUAUAAUAGCCCAAGUCUGAAAAGUAAGAAUGUGACAGUCUGGGAAAAGAGUUUCCUUUCCUUUUUACAUAAAAAUGUUGACAGUGACAGUGAUAGUAAUGAUGUUGGUGAUGAUGGAUGCUAUUUUGAGGAGACUGCAUUGUCUGAGAAGAUGAACUGUUUUGUAAAUGAUGAAAACCAGAAUAAUUGUAAAGCAAACUCAGAGCAUGAAGAAGAGUCAAGUUCCCAACACUACUUACCUUCUGAAACUCAAUCUUUACUCCAGGAAAAUGUUUUUCAAGCAGGUAGCCUCACAGUGAUUUCACAACAGGACUUCAUCAACUUAUCUGAUUCAGACUGUACCAUUAUUUCUGAGAAGUAUGUUGUAAAUGAUGAACAGAAUAUUAAAAUAAUUAUUUCUGAUGUUGACUCUGAGCAGAAUCCCCUGGUUAGUACAGAGACACGGUCAACACCUGACUUAUCAGGGCAUAUCAGCGGAUGGGGAAUCUCUGCUGGUCUUCAUAAUAAUACCACCAAUGCACCAAGUUAUUUUGUUAAUCAGAUAGAUGAGAAGAGAGAGACAAGUGGGAGAGGAGAAGAGAGUUCAGAAAGAACCUGCACUGAGAGAACUCAAGAGAACCAUCAAAAGAGUACUGAGUGCACAGAACAAUCUUGUGAAAAGGAAGCAGUUGAAAUGGAAGUAAAGCAGCCAGAACUUCCAGAGAAUGAUGUGAUUCCAAAAAAAAAAGUACAAUCUACUAAGAACAUGCAUGAGGACUUAAGAGAUGACUCACAGCUCAAGCAAGGGAUAGAGAAGACAAUUCUUUCUCAAUCAGACAAGGACAAGACUGACAAUGUAAACAGAGAGCAAAACACUGAAAGAAGCCACAAAGAGACAAGAGAAAAAAGCCCAGACACUCAUGUGCCUAGAAAUUUACAACUAUGUGAAAAAAGUGUUCAGAUCAAAAGAAAAAGGCAAGAUUUUGAAGAGACUACUGAUGAUCAAGAUCUGAAUUCAUCCAUAAGCACAAAUAAGGAUUUACAGAAUCAAUCACAGCAAGAAGAUUCACCUGAUCCUAAAGCUUCCAAAAUUCCAGAACUUUCAGCAUUUGACCAAGAUGAUACUGAGGUCUUGCCAGACAAACCUAGUUGUGGUACAGUAACUAGAGUCUGUAAGAGGAAUGCCAAAGGCAAAAGUCGUCUGCAUUUGGCUGCCAAAAGAGGAGACUUGUCUUUAGUCAUAGCACUGAUAGAAUCUGGAGCCCAUCUAAACCAAAAGGACAAUGCAGGAUGGACAGCACUUCAUGAGGCAGCUGAUAAGGGAUUUAAUGAAGUAAUGGUGGAGUUAUUGAAAGCUGGUGCUAAUGUUAACAGUGAAAGCCUGGAUGGGCUUUUGCCCAUACAUAAUGCAGUUUCAGGCAAUCAUUUAAAGGCUGCUGAGCUCCUGCUGCAACAUGGUGCAAACCCUAAUCAAAAGGACGGGGAUCAAAAGAGUGCCCUAGAUAGAGCAAAGGAUGAAAAGAUGAAGAAAUUGCUGAAGUCUUGGAGUGGAAACGAAACUAGAAAUAUUUGUCACAAUAAAGUCACUGCAGAAAAACCUUCAAGGUCAAAAAGACAAAAACAGGAGUCUUGCUGCAAAUCUAAAAGUGCUGGUCCACUUUCAUUUUCACACCAAGAUUCGACAAAAGAAGGAGCUCCCAUGCAUGAUAGCAUCCAUACCAUUUUACAAGAUAUCGGAGAAAAGCAAGAAAGCCUGUUGCUGUUUGAAAUAAGAACACCCAAAGAUGCUGACCAAUAUAGUGAGAAGAUGUUACAGAUUAAGGAUAUUAUGGACAGUGUGCUUGCAAAACAGAAAAAAGAAAGAGAUGAUCUUGCUAAAAAAUACAGGUCUUCGAUAGAAUCUUUCAGACAGGGAGCACUGAGAGAAAAACUGGCAAACUUGGCCACUCGACAAAAGAACCUUUUAAUAGUAGCCCAGAAGCAGAAGAAGUUAAGCCAGAAAAUACAAAAUUACAAGAACACAAGAAACACAUCUGGUCUGGGUGCUAGGCAAGAAUCACCUGAUUUAAGGAAUUCCAAUGAAAAUGAUGAAGGCAGCUACUUUAUUCCUGCGGAAAAAGCAACGCAGCCUGAUUCAGUUUCUGUCCCUGUGAGGUUCCCUUCCAGUCCCACCAGUGGAAGCAGUCAGAGAACACACUGUACUAGAAGGCAGGAGGAUAACCAAAAUCUGAGUAGUUGUAUAAGUGAGAGAUGGGUACAUGAGAAAACAGCUGAAAGUGAAUGUUUUUCUUUUAAUGAACUAAUCACCAAUGAAAGACCUGGAGAUUAUACCUUAAAGAGGACAUCAAAAAGUAAUUAUAUCCGUGGCAUCAAAAUGGUUAAACUCCCUCCCCAGUCAGUGACUUCUAGUGCUCAGGCAGAAUAUUUAGAAGAAAAAAAUUAUACUGCAGUAAUUACAGCCAAAGGAAGCAAAUCUCUAAAUCCCUCUGCAAUAACUGAAACUUUAAAUAUUUUAGAGACCCCAAGUGCAACUGUCAGAAAUAAUACCCAUCAACUAAACACUGUUUGCCAGCCAGCUUUUACCCAUAGUCUUUUACCAGGAAACACGUCUAAGAAAACAGUUUCUCAAGAUCCACCCGGGACAGUAUCAGAAUCACUUGUGCAAUCUUUGCUUGCUCAUCAAGGAAAUGCAUGUGCAGACAGUGGUGCUUUGCUUAGGAUGAAACCAAAUCAUACAGAGUCAAGACCUGUUGGCACACUUGCAGAUAACAGUCAAAUUAAUUUCUCCUUAGAAUCUUCCAAUCAGAAUAACAAACAGGAACCUUUACACUGCAGAGCAGAGAUGAAAAUGAAAAAAACCCAGAUCAAAGAAUUGAUUUCCUUGGGAAGAAUUAAACCAGGAAAUGAUGUUCUGGAAUUCAAAAUGCAGGAUGCCACCUACAAAGCCAGUAUCUUACAAAAUGGUAAAAUCAAAGCAAAAAAUGGUGAGAUUUAUCAAAACCCAAUCACCUGGAUCAAGGCACUUUUAGGAAGUAAUAUUUCUGUGACCUGGAAGUAUGUAUGGAAUAAGGUAACAUAUCUUGGGAAAGAGCUCUGUAAGUACAUUACUGAAGAAGUGCCUAUAAUUACAGAACCAAAUGUAGUGUUGCAAGAAAACCAGCCCUGUAUGCCAGGACGUUCCAGUGGUUCAGUACAAAACUUCAAGCACUAUCUUCAGCUGAAUGAAAUAUUAUUGAUCAGCAAUCAAGAAUUUCUUCCAUGCCAUAUAAUGGAACAACAUUGGAAAUUCUAUAUGGCAAGCGAAAAUGGGCUAUUCUGAGAUUUUGUGUAACAGUGGCAUGUCUUAUUUUGUUUAAAGCCUUAAAUUUUGUUUGCAUUAUGAAUUAAAGUUCUAACUUCAUCUUGUGAAAUGUAAUGAAAGUUAUUUUGACUUAAAAUUCUGCUGUUAAAAUUCCUGAUGAUUCUAUGAUAUGAACAUACUAAAAUUAGGAAAUGUUGAAUUUUUUGUUUUAAUGAAUUAAGUAUAUUUUUGCCACUGAAAUAAAGGCAUCUUAAAAGUGA